GAUUUAUCACGUGACAAAAAUAACAAAAUGGCGGCUCUCAUUAGGGCCUAGAGGGCAAGAGCCCGAGCAUUGGUGUUACCGAAUUAUUUGACAGCACAAGUAAGGUUUUCAUGCGCCGAGUUAUCUGAGAUUACCUGACAAUGUUACAAAGUGAUUUACGCCAGUUUGACUUCCACCGUUUACAAGAGUGUUGCAUGAUGGGUACAGUAGAGUGAUAUCUGUCUCACUAUGAGUGUGUGGAAGAGGCUGCAGCGGGUCGGCAAGGCCGCAUCCAAGUUUCAGUUCACAGCAUCCUACCAAGAACUUAUGGUAGAAUGUACAAAAAAAUGGCAACCUCAGAAGCUUUGUGUUAUCUGGACACGCAGGAACCGGCGCAAAUCUUCACAGUUGUACACCUGGAGCCCCACCAUGCAGAACCCCUACAAGGGACUUGUCACCUGGACAGUACCAGAAAAUGUGGAGAUAAUGGUCACGUUAUUCAGAGACUCUCGCCAGGCAGAGUUUGAAGACAAAGAAUGGACAUUUGUGAUAGAAGAUCAGUCGAAGGGUCGCCGGAAGGUCCUGGCCACCGGCAACAUCAACAUGAGGGAGUAUGCCAGUCAUGUGCCCACACAGAAGACCAUCAAGGUCAAUCUGAAACCAGCCACUAAGAAAGUAGUGUCAGCGACACUGGAGCUCACCAUCUCCUGCACCUUCAUCAGGGAGGGCAAGGCCACAGAUGAGGACAUGCAGAGUGUAGCCAGUCUCAUGAGCAUGGGGAAGGCUGACAUCGGCAAUCUGGACGACCUAGAGGAGGAGGAAGAGGAACCUGGUGUUGCCAAUCACAAGCGAGACGACAAAGCUUUGAGCACUCAGAUUAAAGAUAUCACUUCCCAGCUAGAUAAUCUGGAGGCACAUCAUGUUGAGCCAGUGUUUAAGAAAACUGAAGACAAAAAGGAGAAAAAAACUGUUAAUCCAUUCGAGGACUCAAGUGAAAAGUCAGAAGAAGUCAGUCACCAAACAGAUGAGGACAUUUUCAGGAAACUUGAUAGUGCUAGUAUAUCCAAACAGUCUGGUGCCAGCCAGGGAGAUCAGCUGAAGUACAGGACUCUCCCUGCUUCCCUGUCUCACAAGGAUGCCAGCAAACAUGGAGCAAAGAAGAAAUCCUCAAUGACUCUGAAAAUGAGCAAGUCAUUAUCUCCUACGGAUCGGCCAAUAUAUGAAGGCACACCGCCAUCUACACCAGAAGAAGAGAAGCCUCCAACAAGGGCCAUAACUCCUCCACCUCCACUGGAUGAAUCACUCAACUCCACACUAGAUGUCUCGACAAGGUCUUCACUUUCAGAAAUAUCUUCUGCCAAUGUCAGCACCUUCUCACAGACUCCUGAAGGGGAGACGAGUCUGAUGGAGGCAACCAGCCCUGGCAACCUGUCGCAGGACCUGUUGUCAUGGUGCCAGGAGGUCACCAGUGGUUAUCGAGGAGUGAAGAUCACCAACCUGACAACAUCAUGGAGAAACGGGAUGGCAUUUUGUGCAAUAAUCCACCACUUUCGACCAGAUCUCAUUGAUUUUGCGUCUUUAGCACCGCAUAAUAUAAAGGGUAACAACAAAAUAGCAUUUGACUCAGCUGCCAAACUUGGAAUCCCCAAAGUGAUUGAGCCAUCUGAUAUGGUGCUACUUGCGGUGCCAGACAAACUGUGUGUGAUGACAUACCUGCACCAGCUACGUGCGUACUUCACAGGUCAGACGCUUGAGGUGCAGCAGAUUGGCAUGAGCACCAGCGAGAGCACCUACACGUGUGGGGAACACGAUGAAGUCACUGACCAGAGAAUAUCAGAGGAGAUGUAUGGCAAACAUUCACCAAAGAAAAUCCUUACCCUCAGUCUCCAGACAAGAUCAAGGACUUUGAUGUGGCUAAUAGGGAGAGUGAAACAGUUACAGUUAAUGGGUGAUGUAGAGCUGAGGCAUGAGCCUGUGAGCAGUGAGAAUAGGACAUCGAGGACCAGCAUGGAGCUGAACAGAGACACUGUUCCUAAGGAUGACAGCUCACGAAAUUCCAACAGUUCUCGAGACUCAGCAAGUGUUGAGUCAGACCGUAGCUCAGCUUCUCCAGCAAAGGAUUUGUCCCGGGAAUCAUCAGCCUCUCCUGCCAGUGCCAAGAAGAUUCAUUAUAAGAAACGGCGUGCACCAGUUCCACCAAAGCAGAAGAAGCGCCGGGCACCUACUCCACCCCAGAAGUCCGAUUCAGAUAAACCAAUGCUGAUGACAAGAAAGCAGCUGUACAAUCCGUUUGACUCUGAUGAGGAGGAUGAGGAAGAAGAUGAUCCAUCCAACCCCUUCUCCAGCAGCUAUGUUGAAACGGAUCAAGCUCAGGAGGAGGAACAAGUGAAUGGUGCUGAGCAGGAACCUGAGCCUGUACCAGAACCAGAACCAGAACCAGAACCAGUCUCAGUUCCAGUCCUUGUCCCAGUCUCGGUCCCUGUCCCGGCAGAGAGGAAGAAGAUCCCAGUGGAUAUUAGUGGCCUCUCAAGUCCAACACCAGAGAAACAGCCACCACCAGUUGUAAAGAGACGCAACCUGCCUACGUCUCCGACAGACAUCACUGCCACACAGGAGGCAGGUAGCCCACCUGGUCCUGCGGUCUGUACCAGUGAUUCUCGUCCCAAGUCUCGACACGAGGAGCUCAAAGAGCGUGCUAGACAAUUACUGGAACAGGCCAGGCGUGAAGCCACCCUGAAGAAGUCAGUAUCGACUGAAUCAGCUCCCGGGGCGGAGCAGGAGGAUGCCAAGGAUGAGGAUCGACAGAAGCUCUUACGAGAACGAGCAAGGAAGUUGAUUGCUGAAGCCAGAGCGGGUAUUGGAAGUCCUGAGCCAUCAUUUGACCGCCAGAGUAGCACAGAUUCAAAAUCAGGGGAGCCAGACAGCACCACAAAAGUACUGAAACCAUCCACAACUGAGCCAGUUUCCAUCAAGGCGUACCGCCUUGCUCCCAGAGUGCACUACAUUGAACGCCGCCACUCUUCAGGGGAUGAGGAAAACAAAUCCACUGAUGUCAAGCUGAAGAAGAUCACCCUGGCCAAGCCCAACCUGUCUGUUGGUCUGUCCACGAAUGGUUCUGCUGAUUCUGAGGAGAGAAGACGGACACCCGAAGUGGAACAGAGAAGUAACCCCUUUGAUCGUGAGAAUGAAGUGGUGGACCGGGUAUCUACUGGAGAUCAAGGAGUCGGGUAUGAUGCUAACCUUGGUAGUGAUGGAGAGGAGGGCGACUCGGAAGGAUCUGAACUCAACCUGCAUCUUACUCCAGACGAGGACCUGCGCAGCGCCAACCAGUAUGUGAAAGCGGAGAUGGAGGCACUAGAGGGGGAACAGCGCCAGAUAGACAAGCAGGCUGCCCAGCUCGAGAAGUCGCUCCAAAAGUCAUGGAGAAAGGGAAGAAUAAGUCCCUGGAAGAGGCUGAUGCAGGACUGGUUUCUCCUUGUCAACAAGAAGAAUGCCCUCAUCCGUAGGCAGAUGCAGCUGAAUAUACUGGAAAAGGAAGAAGAUUUGGAACAACGCUAUGAGCUGCUGAAUCGAGAGCUUCGGGCAAUGAUGGUCAUUGAAGACUGGCAAAAGACGGAGGCCCAGAAGCGUCGUGAGCGUCUAUUGCUGGAGGAGCUUGUGUCUGUGGUCAACAAGCGUGAUGAGCUUGUGCAGCACCUCGACACUCAGGAGAGAGCAAUUGAGGAAGAUGAAUUUCUGGACAAGCAAAUAUCUGAGGGUCGCAUUCCAUUGAAGGAUGAGAAGAGUUGCUCCAUCCAGUGAUAUGUUGGCACAGAGCUGCCAGGAGUUAAACUGUGAUACUGAGUGCUAGAUGAUCAACAAGACAUGGUCAGUGUGCUGGACGGAUGGGGGUUGGAGGGGGGAUGACAGGACAUUCUGGAGGGUGUGGUGAUCACAAGGCACGUUUGGCGCUGGUAGGAAGGUUUGAGAUGGGUCCAGUGUUGAUAUGAAAGUGUUUUUCUUUAUAUUGAUUUCAUGCAUAAAAUUGAUCUUUUGAAAUAGAAGUUUGUGUAUUGACUUGGAAGAUCUUUUAUGAGAUUGCCGGUAACAUUCAUGACAGUGCUAGGGCUUGGCAAACAUAGUGCUAUGAGGUCCUUGAGGACCUUGAGGACUACUGGUCCCUGAACUUUGACCUGGAGUCAUUGGGAUGUAGGUGAGGGUUGCAUAACUCUCACCAUCAUCUUUGUUUUGCUGUUGUCCACUUGGCAGAACUCACCGAGAAAAACUUACAGUGAGGUUUUAUCUGGACACUGGGAGAGUUGUCUCUGGUGCCAUAGGUUUAUCUCUUCAUGUAAUGCCAACAUUACCCAGUAAGAUCAAGCCAACCAUAUGCUGCCUCUUGCUUCUUCCUCAUAGUGUUGUACAUGGUGUUCUCUUGCAUAAUAUCACAUGUGUUGCAUGGUGGUGUUGGUAUAUUUUGCAUAUCUAAAACAGAGAAUCAGCGUCAUUAGCAUCUUCUUGUGUGUCUUGUAUUAUGGUUAAUGUCAAUGAACUUCAUCAGUAUCAGUUUAGACGAACAUGUUAAAAACUGACAUGCUGCCAUCCGUGGUAAGAUCUGUAUGGACCAGCAGUGUUGCUGUUUGCCACGAUGCACGGUUCCUGGAAUCAAAACGUUGAUGAAAUCAGAAGAAGGAGCUUUCAUGGAGGAACCUAAAGACCAGGGGCUCCUUUCACGAAGCAACCUUUACUAAGGUUAACCUUAACUCCCAUUCUUUAACAUUGGACUAAGGGUACCUUAGUGACUUACGAUCACCUUAGUGCUUUGUGAAAGGAGGCCCAGUACUUCUGCAAGAUGAAAGAUGUGUAAUUAUGAACUUGUACAAGUAAAACAUGGACUGUAUUUGACCUUCACUGUUUCCAUGGACAUUUGUCACUUAGUGUGCUGUGAAAAAUCAAUUUUAACUUCUGAACACCCAACCAAAUUCUUUACUUUGCAAAUGCAAAUACAACUUCCUUGCCCUCACCAUUGCAUACAAUCUCAAUAGAGAGCUGAUUCACUCUUAACCAUUGGGUGAAAUCCUAGUCCAGGUGCAGCAAAGGACCAAAUGCAGUCACUGUUUGCAUAAACAAUUGACACUUUUUGGAAAUUUGUGUCAUUGAAUCUUUAUUGAACUGGUUGUUUAGCAAGAACUUUAAGUUUUGUAUGGUAGGGUGGUGGAAGAAAUAUGGUAAGGUACUGUAAUAUGUUCUGUGAUAAUGGUUAGCACCUUCUUUCUGAUGGUGGAUGAAGAACUAUGACCAUGUAUUCUACAACAUAUAGAUACCAUGAUGUUUGUGUGCUACUGAAGUUAUGUACUAUCAUUUAUCAUCAUGUACCAUAUUUGUGAAAGAACUCCACAUUGGCCUCAAAUCUUGGCUUGUAUGUUUGUUAAUGUCUACGUGAUUGUUUGAUUAUUUUAUCUUUCUUGGACUUGGUCCAUAUAUUCAUGUGCACUGCACAGCAGGCAUGUAUGGCCAAUCAAGAUUUCAAAUGUUAAAUAAUAAAGUUUUCCUGUUUCUUAUAAACCGACGACAACACACUGAAACUGCCUGAAACCUGAACUUACUGAAUGAAAUGUCUGUACGUGGGUUGUAAUUCAUUUAUCAGGACAGUUUAAAAAGCAGAUCAUUUUCCUGUGAAUAGUACCCUUAGAAAUGAGAGUUGAAAUGUAUUUAUUCGGCAAUGUUUAUUCCAUGUACUGAUACAUAGAUUCUUAAGCCUAAUCAAUACGGAAGUAUUGGCAAAUAUGUUUUGACAAAAUAUAUAAGUUUGAAAAUCAGUUGGUGAUAUUUGUGAUUGCAGACAAAUAUAUUGCUGUUAAGAUUAAUGGUACUGUACUCAGUUCUUUCAGUAUUUCUGAAUUAACAAACAAAAACAACCACAUAUGUUAAGACAUUUUUGUAAGUCAGAUGUUAGGGAACUACUAUAUGUCAUGUUUUUUAGUUAAUAUUUUUAAAAAUAAUUUGUUUAAUUUUCUUAGGCACGGUUUUGCAUAACAAUAUAUACAAGAAAAUAAGCAUGACAUUUGGACCAAAGUUUGUUAAAGGAAUUUCUAUUACAAUUAAUGAUAGAAAUAUACCUUGUUAAUUUGAGCUCCUGUAUGAAUUGGAAUGUUGGUGAAUAGUUGAUACAUGAUAUUUUGCAAACAGGUUUAUCGUCAAGGCAUAUCAGUACAAUUGUACAUGUUUCAUGUCUGGUGGGAAAUAGUGAUUCACUGUUGAAUGACUCUGUAUGUUAACUUACCAUAUAUUGUUCUCAUGGCUUCCAGUAAUUGUCAGGAACUUAGUGGCACUCUAUCACUGACGUCUCAAUCAGAGAACAGGUUAUUGUUAUUAGAUGUUUAUUUCAUUUGUUUGGAGUUAUGAUUGUUUGGGAUCUUUUCUCAAUAUUUGAGCUGCACAUUUGCGAGUGAAAACACUGCACUUUUUACUGUAAUAUAAUGCAUAGCAUCAUAUCAUCUCAAACAGCAUGUGAUGUUACAGCUGUAAUAUUGCCCUUAAAAUAUAGAGUUCAUAUAUCGUGACAAGUGUAUAAAUAGGAUUCAUAGCCAAGCAGAGCUUAAAUCAGAGAACAAAGACUGACAUGCUUAGGGCAGGAACUUGAUUCUCUUUAUCAGGAUGUUAUUUGUUAUAUAAAUUGUUUUGAUCAAAGUCCAGGGUCUAUACAUAAUUCACUGCUGGUAUUUUAAGCAGUGUUCAGUGAACAACAUUAAACAGUUUUAGUUUUCCUGAAUAUUUUCAAAGACUUUUGCCAAAAUGUUUUCCUGCUGCUGUAUUAUUGAUAUUUUGUACCUGACAACCUGUUGACAAAACUGAAAUAUGUAGUCUUUAAUAUAAUGGAGGUAUUGUAACAUAGGCGUGCUUCCUCCAUCUUGUCUCACAGAAAAGACACACAAAGGGACUUGGCAUACACUCUUGUUAGGUACCCAGAGCUUCUGCCCAGUUGUGUGUGAGUCGACAGGUUUUUAUAAUAUGCAACUAUUCCAUUUCAAUGUCACAUAUGUUCUCGUCACGAUAUGGCUGAAAUAUUGCCAAUGUGAUGUUAAAUAAUAACUCACUCACUCUGCCCAGUUGUGAUCUAUCUUUAGGGGAGGGUUAUCAUGAUGUACGGUGUAAUUACAUGGAAUAUUACUUACUGGGCAUCGUGAAAAGUCUUGAUUUUCUUUCAAGCAGUUUGAAACUCUUUUGUUCUUUGUUUUUCUUGUUUUGAGAGUGUGUUUAUAUUUCUGUUUCUGUUAGAUAAGCUGAACUGUCAAUUCAUUUAUUGUUUUAUUGCAUUUAAUUUGAUACAUGAUGUAAAUAUAAAAUGUGAACGCCGGAGAGUAAUCAGUCAAAACAUCUGAUGAUAAUCAUUACAGGUAAAAUAGUAGGGAAGACUAUGCGAUUGGAUCACUGAUUUUCAGUGAUGACAUCAGAUAUUUGUGGAAGGUGAAGCAUGUCCUGCCUUAUUGGUAGCACCUGCCACUUACAUGAUUUGCUCGUUGCCCAACUCUGUACAGCAUUUCUCUUGCCAUGAGGCAGGGCCAUGUAAACAAACCAGACAAUCUAGUGACAGACCAUACUGAUGUUUCAAAGAUUUUGUCAGUGAGUUGGAUCAAAGCAAUUUCACACUAUGGCCAUCUUAAGGUUAGCGUAUGGGAGUUACGAUCAUCAUAGCUCUAAGAUCACUUUGUGCAGGUGGGACCUGAAGAAUAAGAUGUUCAGGAUGGGGAGGCAGAUGUCAAGGUCAUGUUUAGUUUCAAAACAUUUUUGGUAAUAAACAUACCCCAAUGUGCAAUCUUUGGCGUACUGAGCCCUGGUGAUAUUAUAUUUCAUGCUUACAAGUAUCCUGACAUUGUAUUGCUAUAUCUCAUACAGUCACAAAUAGUGUCCUGAGUUGCCUCAUCAUCAUAAUCAUCAUCAUAUAAAAUCGCACAUUUUUAACAAUGCCAUAGCUAUGUGCAUGUAUAUUAUGUGAAUAUAUCGUAUGAUAUUUUGUGUUUUAUUCCAUGUUUGUAGAUUUUGUAAGUAAAGAAAUGUCUAUUUAUUCUCACUGCCUGAUGUGGCGUUUUUGUUUUGUUUGACCAUAUUCCAGCAACUACAGAGUGAAACAGGACGACAGUGUUACAGAGACUCCAGUUCCCAUGGCAACAGAUGUCAUGGAUUACUGACUAAUAUUAUUCACAGUUAAAUAUUCAGUUAAUCUUUUAUAAGAGUGGAGACAAGUUAUGUGUAAUCCUCCACUAAAAUGUUAUUGAAAUUGUAAUAUUUUCACUAUCCAUCUUACAAUGGAUUCAUGAUAUUGGAAUAUGAUGCUAAGAUUCACAGUCUUCAUGGUUGAUGUAAGUGUUUCAGAAUUUUCUUAAAGGUCCUUUACCUACCCUUAUAAGGAAUAUGACACUUUGUUUUAAAGAUUGUAUUAUUAUAAAUGGUAUAAGAAAUAUAGAUGUGUCUGCACUGCCUCAAACCCAUCACUGUAGCUUGAUUUUUAAACUGAAGUUUGAAAUAUAUAACCUGUUCAAUAGUGUUCCCAUACUGCAAUGCAAUGCCACAGCAGCUUGUGAUGUUGAUGUGCAGUGGUACACGAUGUAGCAGUCAUGUUGCAGUAUCUGCCGCUGCUGCACGCAGACAGGACAUCACAAAGCAUCUAUCAAGCAUGGUAGAAAUGAUUUUCUACCAUAUCACCAGCUGGUUUUGAAAGAUUGUCCAUCAGAAUUUUGGAAAAAUGUUUCAUCACAGUUUGUACUCCUUUAUUCCAAUUAAAUAUGUUCACAACACAUAUUUUGGUAAAUAAGACAAUAUGAAGCAUUUUUGUGCAAUAUCAUUUCAAAGAAAACGUCCUAUGUGUGUUAUUGGCCACAUUGUAGUGGCUAUUACUGUAGUAGUGUUAAAGUCACUGUAUCUGAAUACCAUCAGUGUGUGGUUAUUCAGGGUAUUCACAGUUUUGUCUGUGAUGUCACCGGUCUUGUAAUCAGUAUCGAAACUCUGAUGUCAUCAGUUGUCAUGCAGUGUCUUUAUAUGAUAUGCUUGUCUGAGAGUCACCGUCUGCUGUCUGCUUUGGCAUAUUUUUAUAGUUUUGUGAGAGUGUGUAUGAGAGCCUUGUGAAUAAAGUUGUCCACUU